GCCCCGGAGAAGGCCGCCCAGGGGGCGAGCAACCUGGGCAAGGGCACCGGCAGCGUGGUCGGGUCCGUGGCGGCGGUGCCGUCGACGAUCGGCAAGGUCGCGACGGGCGUCACCAUGUUCCCGAGCAUGCUCAAGGACCCGCGGCACGGCGGCGGCGCCCAAA